CUUUCCAUUGAUUGUUGCUAGAAAAAGAGCGGGGUAAUAACACACACACCUCCCUACUUACAACUCAUAUAUAAGCUGACGAUCCACGUACGCUCCGAGCUAUCUCUCGAUCGAUCCGACCGCGUGUUCCUUGUGCUGCUCUUAGUGAAUUAAUAGCUGAUCUGAUCAUCAGUUGAGAUCAAUUAACAAUGGGGAACAGCCUAAGGUGUUUUUUGGCGUGUGUCCUUCCCUGCGGUGCUCUAGACCUCAUUCGGAUUGUCCACUUGAACGGCUUCGUCGAGGAGAUCACUGGCCCCAUCACCGCAGGCGAGGUCCUCAAGGCCAACCCCAAUCACAUUCUCAGCAAGCCCUGCGCUCAGGGCAUUGCCCGCCGCAUCCUCAUCCUUUCCCCGGAGUCUGAGCUCAAGAGAGGCAGCAUCUACUUCCUCAUCCCGGCGACCUCCCUGACCCUGCCUGCCGACAAGAAAAGGGCUGCCGUCACUGGCCACAAGGUCAAACCCUCCAAAGUAGACAUCAAAAGCCUGAUGAGCCUGAGCACCUCACACGUCGUGGGCUCCGAUACUUAUGAUGAUGAUAAUCGGCAUUUCAACCUCCACAAAUUGGAGAAAAGAUCAUCAUCGCGCAGGGAGAGGAGGAGAGGCGGCGGCCGUGUUGGCGUUUGGCGCCCACAUCUCCGGAGCAUAUCCGAGGACUGACAACUAUAUAUAUAAGAUAUAUCAUAUAUCUUAUGACUAGAAAAAAGAUCAACUGACUAGACCAAAUCGGCCGGUCGAUUGAUCAAUGUAUCUCGGUUUCAGCUGGAAGAGUAAAUCUGAUCAGCCUCCUCCGGUGUUGGAUGCGGCGGUGGUUCAUGCGAGCUCUGCGCAUGGCUUCUUGUCUUUUUUUUUUCCUUUUUUUUUAAAGUGCGGGUUAUUGAUUUUGUGGAUACACUGUGUAGAUUUUUUUUUUCCGUUUGGUCUAAUUUCCAUCUGCGUGUAAUAAUGGCAGAUUUGGAAAUAAAAUCUCGUGAAAUUAUAAUUGGAGAGGUAUGAGUAGUCCUAUUAAGUAUCAGACCUGCGACCUCUAAAUUAACAGGUGAAGGCGCGCACCAUUGCGCUACAUCGUUUAUAUAUAUAUAUAUAUGGAUAAUUUGUCUUCUCCCAUAGCUAGCAAAAAAUACAUAAUCAUAUACAUUUUUCGCCCGUUGG